CCAAUGGGGCUAAUGCUUUGAUAUCCGGACCCCCGCUCUAAACCCGGCAUUGUCCCGGUGUGUAUCCCGGUGUGUAAUGGGUAGGAAGUCGGAGAGGAGUUCUCAGGCUCGAGAUGGUCUCCCGGGCUAAUGAAUGAAAUGAAAAUUUUCUCCCUUCUGAUGGGACAGUUCGAUAUGAAACAUGUCGCGACCACUUACAUCGAGGGUUCAAAACUCAGGCAACUGUUCCAUCCAUGAGUCUAAAUACCUAUCAAUGUCAACCGUUGCUCCUUGAUAUACGCCACCAACAGCCGGGCUUUCGAUUUAACAUAACGUAUUGCUCUAGUUCAUUACAGAACUAAGCAUAUGUCAAUAUAAAAGCAGCCAUGACGCUGACCACGAUUCAGGCAGGCGACGAGACCUGUCGCGAAGACUCCACCCUCCGGAGUAGCGAAGAGACCAAACCACAGGUAGUCCAGCCCCCAUCGACUCCCUCGUAUCCGACAGGCUUCUCUUUCGGCAUCAUUCUUUUCGCUUUGUUCAUUUCUCUGUUCUGCGUGGCUCUAGAUAGUACCAUUAUCGCCACUGCCAUUCCGCGGAUCACUGAUGAGUUCCACGCUCUGCAAGACGUGGGUUGGUAUGGGUCGUCAUAUCUGCUUACGAAAUGCGCCUUUCAAUUGCCUUUCGGGAAGACGUUUCGGUUCUUCAGUCUCAAGUGGACCUUUCUUGCAGCUCUGCUGAUUUUUGAGGUCGGAUCACUCAUCUGCGGAGUUGCGAAGUCCUCCGCCGUUUUGAUUGUGGGGCGCACCAUCGCUGGCAUCGGAUGCGCGGGUAUCUCUAGCGGUGGUCUAAUAAUCAUUGCGAAUAUCACUCCUUUAGAGAAGAGAGCGACGUAUCAAAGUCUGUAUGGCGGAAUAUUUGGUAUCGCCUCAGUCGUCGGGCCUCUGAUCGGCGGCGCCUUCACCGAUAAUGUUACGUGGCGUUGGUGCUUCUAUAUCAAUCUUCCUUUGGGAGCCGUCUCGGCUGUCUUCAUCAUCUUCUCUCUCCAUUUACCGCCGAAGCCCAACCCUCUCAAGGAACAAAGUGUCCUGAGCUUGCUGUGGAAUCUUGACCCGGUCGGGUUCGUCUUGUUCGUGCCCAGCAUCAUCUCUCUCCUGUUCGCGCUGCAGUAUGGCGGCACGACAUACUCAUGGAACAGUGGUCGGAUCAUUGCACUCUUCGUCGUAUUCGGCGUCACAAUAAUCGCUUUCAUUGGCAGUCAAGCCUGGCUGGGAGAAGGCGGAACAAUUCCACCUCGGAUUGCGAAACAGCGCACAAUCUUUGCCUCGAGCGUCUUCACCUUUUUCCUCGGUGGCACUUUCUUCCUCUUCAGUUACUUCAUCCCAAUCUAUUUCCAAGCAAUCAAGGGCGACACGGCCCUGAACUCCGGCAUCCAUACCAUCCCCCUGAUUCUACCUAACGUCAUCGGCAUCCUCUUCGCUGGCUUCGGCACCAGCAAGAUUGGCUACUACGUUCCCUUCAUUUACUUGGCCGCAGUCCUCGCUCCAAUCGGUGCCGGGCUUCUGAUGACUCUCGAGCCCAACACUAGCACGGCAAAAUGGAUUGGCUACCAGAUCCUCUUCGGGUUCGGCUCUGGCUGUGGUUUCCAGUUACCCCAGGUGGCUGCGCAGGUCGUGCUGCCACCUCGCGACAUCCCAGCGGGAAUCUCGGUGUCCAUGCUGUUUCAGGGUCUAGGAGGCGCGGUGCUAAUCAGCGCGGCUAACAAUGUGCUCAAUAACAAGCUGCUCUAUUUUGUCGACGGUCUCGGCAUUCCUGGCGUGAGUGGCAUGGAUGUCAUUAACGCUGGUGCGACGGGCUUUCGUGCUGUCAUUCCCGCGAACAGUAUUAACCAGGUCGUCAACGCUUAUAAUAUGGCGCUCCGAGAGGCCAUUCUGGUUGGUGUGAUCACAGCAUCUUGGAGUGCGCUUCCUGCUGUCUUGCUGGAGUGGAGGAGCGUAAAGAUAGGAAGUCCUGGCUCAGCGCAGCCAGAAUCGGAGGCCUCUUCUCCGUCGCUAGUCGGACGUGAAGUUGAGAAGGGAUCACCCUAAAAGGUGUUCUCGUGGACUGGUUGGCUUCUGGAAAGACUUUGGCAUAGCCGUCUUAUCAUGGGCUUUGUCUCAUGC